AUGGCCACUGGUCAAGGUCUUGUGGUCACAGUGGAACCCCACACUACUACUGUGCGUGAAGGGGAGUCAGUCAGUCUCAGGUGCCAAGUGGGGAGCAGUGCACGUCCCGCCGAACUGCAGUGGAGAAGAGCCAAUAAUCAAGCCUUAGCAGACAAUGUUAAAAUCGGCCCCGAUGGUGCAGUUCUGACAGUUGCCAAUGCUCGACCUGGUAACCAGGGAGAGUAUCAAUGUGUGGCAACCAACUCUGGAGGUUCUGGCACUGCUUCCGCACAGAUCAACAUCAAAUUUCCUCCUAAAGUGCGGUUGUCACCAACUGGUCCUCUGAGAGUCAAAAUUGGUGCCCGAGUAUCAGUACAAUGUCGUGCAACAGGCAGACCACGGCCCAAGCUGAGCUGGAGGCGCCAAGGUUCCCCUCUGAAGCUUCUUUCUGAGGAGAGAGAUGGUGUCAGCACCAUACAAUGGGUAGUAGUACGUCCGGAAGAUGUUGGUGUGUAUAUUUGCCAAGGUGAGAACAACGUGGGUGUGACUGAGAUCAAAGUGGAGGUCAUUUUGGAUGGGGGACCUGAUGCACCCAUUGCAUCAGUGAGUCACAAGGAAAUUACUGCUGUAGAGGGUCGUUCUGUCACUUUCAGCUGUCAGGCUACAGGUUCUCCACCUCCCCUCAUCACAUGGUCCAAGCUGAGAGCCCCGUUACCAUGGAAACACACAGUCGCUGGGGGUGUCCUGACACUGACCAGUGUGGGGCGCCAGGACUCCGGCCAGUACAUCUGUAAUGCUACCAACAUUCACGGCUACAGCGAGGCAUACACGCAGAUGGAGGUGGAAAGUCCUCCUUAUGCCACCUCUCUACCCGAGCAGGUGAAACUCCAACCUGGCGAUGCUCUUUCUCUCCGUUGUUUGGCCCAUGGCUCCCAUCCCAUUCAGUUUGAAUGGAGCCGGGUUGGGAGAGGCAACCUGCCUGCAGGAAGUCAGACUACCAGCGACGGACAACUUGUGAUACCCCGUCUUAAAGCUAGUGACGGUGGGACAUACAAGUGUGUAGCUACCAACCACAUUGGGUCCAGUGAAGCACUGGCCAAAGUCAUUGUGAAAGAUGUAAAUGAGUGUGGAGAAAAUCCAGGACCGUGUGGUAAUCAUACGGAGUGCUUCAACACAAAUGGCAGCUACUACUGUCGGUGCGAGCAUGGCUUCAUCAACAUUUAUGGAAAAGAUAACUUCACCGGGGUUGACGGGCAGUGUAAAGACAAAAACGAGUGUGGCAUCGACAAAGACAUCUGUGGUGACAGGGCUGUUUGUAUUAACAUGCAAGGGAGCUACAGAUGUGACUGCAAAUCUGGGUACACCAAAACCAGCACAAAUGGAGGUUGCUCAGACAUUAACGAAUGCGACGAAGCUAAGAUUCGAAAAGAAGACAUCUGUGGACCAAAAGGGAGUUGUAAAAAUACCAAUGGAAGUUAUUCGUGCAUAUGUGAAAAAGGAUACACCAACUACGGCAAUGAAAAGACCCUUUGUUCUGAACUGAAUUGCGAAACCUUUGAUGCAAGAAGUGGAAAUUCCGAGUAUAACAGUGGCUUGGCAGAUCUGUUGUCUAUAAUGAGAAACAGCUGCAUGGCUCUGGCUAAUCCAGAUCACGGCAAUGAAAGCAAAGCGGAUGGAGAUGCGCUACUGGAGAGGUUUUUAACAGCAUCCGAGCCGGUCUUAUCAUGGGCCGACAAGGACAUACGUGAAGACGUGUAUGAGCUGCUGAGCACUAUGGAAAAUUCCAUCAAGCUUAUUGGCCCACAGCUACGAGGCAAUAACACCAUAAUGGGCUCCAAUCAGACAACUGUAAAGAUUGCAGUACGGAGGCAAAGGUCUCCGCCCACUGGACCCCUGCAUUUGGGGACUGAAAAUUCAACACUUGAUACCGACUGGUCAACGGCAGCUGGAACUGCUGGAGCAUAUCCUGGCUUUGCUAUGGCUGCCUUGUUGAACUAUCAUAACCUGGAGAGAUCUGUUAACCGCUCCUUUGAGGAGCUCCAAGGAUUUGAAAAAGAUGGCGCUGAACCAGCUUUCAAAAUCUUCUCCCGGGUUGUGUCUGUUGUGGUUUCAAACCCAUCCACUCAGAAUCUGAGCCACCAGGUCAUCCUCACGCUCAGACAUCUCGAGGACAAAUCGGAGGCAAGAUUCAUCUGUGCAUACUGGAACGAAAGGGGUGCCUGGGCCACAGAUGGUUGCCAUCAACAGAAAUCCAAUGCCACACACACAGUGUGUCGAUGUGAACAUCUCAGCAGUUUUGCUGUGUUGAUGGCUCACUAUGCUGUAGAUCAAUCCUUUGCGAUCCAGCUGAUAACAAAGAUAGGACUGAUCCUUUCCCUGUUGUGUCUGAGUGUUUGCAUCCUGACAUUCAAGUUCUGCCGCUCCAUACAAGGGACACGGACAACCAUUCACCUGCACCUCUGCAUAUGCCUAUUCAUUGCUGACCUCAUUUUCCUGGCCGGCAUUUCCCAAACAAAACCAGAGGGCGGCUGCAGGUUUAUUGCUGCUAUGCUCCACCUUUUCUUCAUGGGGGUGUUUGCAUGGAUGCUGCUUGAGGGGGUGCAGCUGUAUCGUAUGGUGGUCCUUGUGUUUAAUGCCACCAUUCGACCUCUCUACUUAUUCCUUUUUGGCUACGGGACACCCUUGGUUGUUGUCAUUCUAACGGCCAUCAUCAGACCCAAAGGAUAUGGCACUAAGGAGCACUGUUGGCUAUCCCUCAAAGAUGGCCUCAUCUGGAGUUUCUACGGCCCUGUGUGCGUCAUCAUCUUCCUCAAUGUCUUCUUCUUCAUCGUCACUGUCUGGAAACUGGCCCAGAAGUUCAGCAGUCUCAACCCGGACCUAUCCAAGCUCAACAAAUUAAAAGCUUUCACAGUGACAGCCAUUGCCCAAAUGUGUAUUCUGGGACUUAUGUGGGUAUUUGGAGCCUUCUUGUUUCGCGAGGGCAACAUAGUGGUGGAAUACAUAUUCACCAUUUUGAACAGUCUGCAAGGAGCACUAGUCUUCAUCAUGCACUGCCUCUUAUCCAAACAGGUUAGAGAUGAGUACCACAACUUUUUCUCCUGCAUCUGCGCGCCAAAGAAAAGAUAUUCUGACUUUAGUAGUACAAAUCCGUCCAACAGUCACUCACAUGGUUCCCGGAGUGGGCAGAACACAGGAGAAUCCAACAUAUGA